AUGGCUGGCACAAAGUUGUCACUGUUUCUCUUCCUCGUGCUUGUGCCUGUCCCGUCCCAGGCUGGCCCAUCUUGUUCUGAGCUUUGUGAGGUAAAGCAUGAUGGGUAUUGCAAAACAAGUGGAGUGGAGUCGGUCCCUUUGCUUCGCAAUUACCUGCCUUGUGCAGUGUGCAACACGACCGGGCAGGCGGAUGAGAAUCAGCUCGGGUGCCUUCCGUCCACGCUGAAGAAGCUGCAAGUGGCGGGGCACUCCGACAGGAGCGGCAAGCUGAAGCCCCUGCCCGGUCUGGCCAAGCUGCACACGCUGCUUCUGGGUCCCGGCCACAUCCUGACGGCUGGUCGCGGAGCGUUUUCCUCCGUACCAAAUCUCCUGGCUCUCUCCAUGACCAACAACACCAUCAAGGCCAUCGGAAGCUGGUUCGAGGGAAGCGACAAGAAGCUGCAAAAGCUCCAGCUGUCAUGGAAUGACAUCCAGGAAAUCGAGAGGAACGCCCUUCAGCCACUGAAAAAGCUCUACUAUCUCAGCAUCAGGCACAACCGGCUCCGUGUUGUGGAAGAGUGGUACUUCGCAGGGCUGAGAAAGCUCGAAAUCCUGCACCUGUGCCACAACAACAUCUCACACAUCGCCGGGAAGGCGUUCGAUCAGCUUCCCAGGCUAGAGUCGCUCUACAUGGAUCACAACAAGCUAUCGUUCCUCCCCGAGAGGUCGUUCCCCGCCAUCAGCAGGAUUAGGUCCCUCGACCUCAGGGGGAAUCCUUUCCGCUGCACCUGUGCGCUAGGAAGAUGGGGGCCUGUCUUCGAGCGCCACGAGUACACCGGCCCGCGGUGCGGAUUCCCACAAGCUCUCUCCGGGAGAAAGGUUGCCGACGUCGAGAUGGGAAGGGUGCUGCCGUGCCCUUCACCUGUGGCGACAGCCAAGGCAUCACGUCAAGAUCACGGAGCCACUCUCGAGUGUGAGGUCUUCUGGGAGAAGCAGCCAGAGAUCGGAUGGAUGGAUCCAGGCGGAAGGGCCGUGGGAGAGGGAGAGUCCAUCAACCCAUGUGGCGGUAAGCUAACCACACGCUUGGAGCACGAGUGUCCCACCAGGCAGUCUCCCGAAGGAAGAAAGGCACGCCCAGAAGAUGCCCCCAGCCUACCCUACAUCGGCAGGUCCACCUCCACCCUCCACAUGGAUCCGCAAGCCUACCGGUGCUGGACGGGGGGCAGUUACCGGUGCGUCGUGCAGUCUACGGCAGGCAACGUGGAUCUACCGCUGAACAAGGCAAGCGUGGCAAGCGAAGGAGGGCAGAGACAAGAGCACACCACCAUGGCAUCCGUCUACAUCACCACGACACCUGCACAGGAAAGCGAGAAGGGGGCAGAAAGGAUCACCAAACCGCCAGACAAGAAAACCAAGCACGACGAUACCACUCUAGCAGCUGAAAAGGCACGAUGGCAUACCGUGAUGAUGACCACUAUCCACACUUCAACACCUGUCCAGCAAAAAGGAAGGGUCUCAGAAAGGAUCACCAAACCGCCAGACAAGAAAACCAAGCACGACGAUACCACUCUAGCAGCUGAAAAGGCACGAUGGCAUACCGUGAUGAUGACCACUAUCCACACUUCAACACCUGUCCAGCAGAAAGGAAGGGUCUCAGAAAGGAUCACCAAACCGCCAGACAAGAAAACCAAGCACGACGAUACCACUCUAGCAGCUGAAAAGGCACAAUGGCAUACCGUGAUGACCACUGUCCACACCUCAAAGCCUGUCCAGCAGAAAAGCAAGGUCUCGGGAAGGAUCACCAAACCGCCGGACGACACCACUCUAGCAGCUUAUACAGGAAGAGAAUGGUACGGUGCGAUGGUUGCCAUCUACACCGCAAUCGCAUUCCUGGCUCUGGUCCUUCUGUACAGGGCGACGGUCGCUUGGCGCAAGCGCCGCGAGAGGCGGCAAGACCAGCGUCACUACCUACACGGCAACGCUAUGGGAGGAAUGCCGCCGCAAAACAUCCAGCCACCGGCCGCUACCCCCUCCUCUGUCAACCCUGCACCUCCUCGCCACACGUAUGCUGAGAUCCCGGACGACGCGCCCAUUCCUCCGUAUGCCGAAACGACGCGCUUGGAAAACCCGAUGUAUGGCGCAGACCCUCCUCCACCAUCCAACAAGUCUACGGCCUCAUCACAGCCACAGGUCCUGGGCACAACUCCUGCGAGAGGGGUCCCAAAUCCUCCCCCACGAUCCGACAAGCAAGCCAACGUCAGCGACUCCACCUACUAUCCACCAGGCACGAAGACGGCUCAAGCACAGAAGGUCCCGGAUCCACUUCCACGUACCAACGGACGCGGCGACUCCAACGCCUCAGCAGCAAAACCACGAGGCUUGAGUAAGGCUACCAUGACCCGGCAAAAGCCAUUGGUCUUCGACCUACAUGUGUAUGAUUUGGAGACGAUCAAAGAAGAAGACGAGGAGGAAGAAGAAGAAGAAGAAGGCCCCAACCUUUACAUGGACCUCAACGGACCACCACGCGACCCUAACGUCUCCUCACAGCCGGCCGGCUUGGGCAAACCAAAGGCUACUGCGACACGACACGGGAACUCCUCGGACACACAAGGCUUGGAGAUGGACGGAGAAGACGACGACAAAGGCCCCAACAUUUACCUGGACUUGAACGGACCACCACGCAAAUCCGAUUCGGAGAAGACCCAAGCAGAAGUCGUCCCCGACCCACUCCCACGGAUUCACACAUACAUCAACUCCAGUGUCCCACUGGCACAGCCACAAGCUUCGGAGAAGACCCAAGAAGAAGAGGUUCCAGACCCACUCCCACGGAUUCACACGUACGUCAACUCCAGUGUCCCACUGGCACAGCCACAAGCUUCGGAGAUGCCUCAGGAAGAAGAGGUCCCAGAUCCUCUUCCACGCACCAACAUAUACGUUAACUCUAACGUCUCACUGGCACAGCCACAGGAAUCUUAG